UUACAUCACCAAGUUUCCAUCCCAAAGGGGUGCAGUUUUAACAUCCAGCACCAGAAGACAAGCACCAAAGAAGGGGGGAAGAAACCGGGCGUUUUAGGGGCAUAUUAAACCGCGAUCGGCGAUGAACCGAAACAGGGAGUUUCUAGACGCAAUCUUAGAGAAGUGUAAUGUAAGACUGUGCGUUUUGCAGGAGCGUGUGACCGCCGGAAAAUGAAAUGGCAGGGGCGAGCGGGGCCGCUGGCGGACCAGAGCAGCGGGAUGCAGCGGCUUCGCCUUAUGAGGACUACGAGUGCAAGAUCUGCUACAACUAUUUCGACCUGGAUCGCCGCAAGCCCAAGAUCUUGGAGUGUUUGCACACGUUUUGCGAGGAGUGCUUGAACACGCUGCAUCUCCGGGAGGACCGGCCAUGGCGCAUCGGAUGCCCGCUGUGUCGCCACAGGACUCCCGUCCCAGAAUACCGUAUACAAAACCUCCCCAACAACACAAAAGUGACAGAGGCUUUCCCGCUCUAUAUCGAGUCGGAUCCCCUGCCCCAGGACAGCUUGCCCCCGCACCCACCGCCUCUUCACCCGGCUCUUGCAGCCCUGCGCGGCGAGGAACCCGCAGGAGCGGCUGCAGGAGCCCCUGACACCCAGGCUGGCGCAUCUGCCACUGGCGUGUUACCCGAUGUCGCCGCGGCAUACGGAUCCGGCCGCCACGAUAGCUGCCAGAACUGCAAACGGGCGGCGCUGACCACUGGUUGCGUUUGCGCCAUAUUCGCAUUCCUCUCCAUGCUUGUGCUCCUCUUCAUGGGCCUGAUCUUUGUGCAUAACUAUAACAGCCCUCCCUCCCCGGCUGGGCCCAUCUGUCUCUCGGUCGCCAGCAUCUUGGCCAUGUUUUCCGUUGUUGUCACAUGGCUAAUCUGCUGGUUGAAAUACCGGCCUGAACCCGAGACAUCGCGCACUUCUGCGCCUAACGCGAACCGAAGAAGUGCGUAAAAAUGGGUUUGCGCAAUUCUCAUAUUCAUCAUUUUCGUAAUUUUAGACCUAAUUUCUAUUCGCAAUAAGGGUAGGCUAUAAAAAUAUCUAUGAAUUAACAAAAAUACAAUGUGUGCGCCCACCCCUAUUUUUUUAAAUUACGUUAAUAAUUCUUAUAGUUUUACAUGGUUUCCCGGUAGGUUUUAUGUUUUUGGUUUGUCGCUGCGUGUAAUCAGUAUAACCCUGUUCUGUGGAGUUUAAACUUCUGUGGGACGCGAGUAAGAUGUAAGAAUUCAUCGCUUCAUGUAGUUAUGGUUGCAACCAUUAAUUAUUAAAUAUACAUAUACAUAUUAAAGGAAACCAUUCUCAGUGUUCAUCGUAUAGAGAUCCUGCUGAAUAUAUGACGUGUGAAAAAGGUGCUGCUGAAAAUUACAGGUUGAGUUUACAUUGAGAUGUGAUUGAAAAUUAAGCUACAUUUAUUUCAAAAAGCUUAAACAUGUGGACGUUUGUAUGUGAAGGUGUUUCGGUUUCGUAGGUAUAUAUCGAGAUUAUGAUGCAGUAGGUAGAGUUUUUUGUUUUUGGGUAUUGAGUGGGUGGGUGCUGGGUUUCAUACGUGGGGCAAAAGAAGAUUCUCACAAAAAAAUGACAUAUGUCGCUGUUAAAGCUUUUAAAGCUCAGAUAUGUCCAAGAAACAAUAUAAUGAUGCACUUAAUCAAAUAAAUU